UGUCUGUGUCAGUCUGUGUGUGUGUGUGUGUUUGUGUGUGUGUGUUGUGAAGACCGUCCGAUCAGCGUCAGGAUCAUAGGGUGAAGAUGCCUGUGCUGGAAAGAGAACCAUCCAGAGACAGCAAUGUGAUACCCAAAGUACCUUUACCAGACCUGCAGCAAACCAUGUCUACAUACCUGAAGUGUGUGAAACACCUCGUCCCUGUGGCCCAGUUCCAGAAAACCAAAGCUAUAGUAGAGAAGUUCAGCAAACCAGGAGGAACAGGAGAGAUGCUCCAGAAAAAACUGCUGGAGAGGAGAGACAAGACCGAGAACUGGGUUUAUGAUUACUGGCUGGACGACAUGUACCUGAAUAACAGACUCGCCCUUCCUGUCAACUCCAGUCCCGUGCUGGUGUUUCCCAAACAGGACUUCAGAGACCCAGACGACUGCCUCAGAUUUGCUGCUAAACUCAUUUCAGGAGUGAUGGAGUAUAAAGCCAUGCUGGACAGGAGGACUUUACCCCCGGAUUACGCUCGAGGUCAGCAGGCUGGCGGUAUUCUGUGUAUGGAGCAGUAUUACCAUCUCUUCACAUCGUACAGACGACCUGGACUGAAAAAAGACUCACUGAUCACACAGAGCAGCACAGGAGCCGAGAAAACACCUGAACCUGGGCACGUUAUAGUGGCCUGCAACAACCAGUUCUUUGUGUUAAAUCUGAUGGAGAAAUCCCAGACGCUGAACGAGAUGGAUGUUCUAACCCAGCUAGUCAGGAUUAGUAAAAUGGCGGAGAAGGUGGAGGAGAAACAUCCCCCCAUUGGCCUCUUCACCUCAGAUGACCGGACUGAGUGGGCUAAAGCUAGAGACAUGCUGCUCAAAGACCCAGUGAACCGGGAGUCUCUGGAGCUGAUGGAGCGUUGUGUGUGUGUGUUGUGUCUGGAUAAACCCACUGGAGUUCAGCCCACUGACUCCAACAGAGCGUUACUCAUGCUGCACGGCGGAGGCCAUGACAAGAACGGCGCCAACCGCUGGUACGACAAAUCCAUGCAGUUUGUGGUUGGUGCUGAUGGAGUGUGUGGAGUGGUGUGUGAACACUCUCCAUUCGAGGGGAUCGUCCUGGUCCAGUGUACUGAAUACCUGCUGCAGUACAUGACCAGAAGCCCUAGUAAGCUGAUGAAGGGGUCGAGGGUAAGCGAUCUCACAGUUCCACAAAGACUGUCCUGGAAUUGUUCUUCUCUAAUCCUGAGCAUGCUGUCGUCCUCCGCUGACAACCUUCAGAGGCUUGUGAGAAACCUGGAUAUGGAGGUCUUCACGUUCAGAGGUUAUGGCAAAGAGUUCAUCAAGAAGCAGAAGAUGAGUCCUGACGCUUACAUCCAGGUGGCACUACAGCUGGCCUUCUACAGAUGCACCAGGAGGACAGUCUCCACCUACGAGAGCGCCUCCACCCGCUGUUUCCGUCACGGCCGCGUCGACAACAUCCGCUCGUCCACUGCCGAGGCGCUGCACUUCUCCAAAGCCAUGACAGACGAGGGAGCGUGUGUGCAGGAUUCAGAGAAGAUGGAGAGACUGAGGAAGGCUGUAGACUCACAGACCCAAUACACAAAGAUGGCCGUUUCAGGAUUGGGAAUAGAUAAUCACCUGCUCGGCCUUCGGGAAAUUGCCAGGGAGCUGAAGAUGGAGACUCCUGACAUUUUCACAGAUGAGACGUACCUCCUCAGCAACCAGUUCAUCCUCUCCACUAGUCAGGUUCCUACAACAGUAGACAUGUUCUGCUGUUAUGGCCCGGUGGUUGCUAAUGGUUACGGGGCAUGUUAUAAUCCUCAAGCUGAAAACAUCCUGUUCUGUGUGUCCAGUUUCCGUGAGUGUGUGUCCACGUCAUCUCUCGUGCUGGUGAAGGCUCUAGACCAAGCACUUAUAGACAUGAGGGAGCUGUGCAAUAGAUGCAGUGCUGUCAGUCAUAAAGAGGGUGGGGCUAAGCCAGCCACGCCCAGGAAGUAAGUCAUGAGACACUGAUGGUCUAAAGUAUCUUCAGAUAUCACUAACGUCUUUGGGAUUGUUUUGUUUAAAAGCUCAAAAUAUAAUGUAUAGCCGUGUUUCUGCUAAUCUUGUAAUCAGUUCUCGGUAGUGGACCACUGAUGAUUAUAGCGCAUUACCGUCUGAGUCAUUCCGGUUUCGUGUGCCAAUAAUUGGUUAUAGGAUAACUGUAAAAUCAAUCACAUCAUAUUGUGAUAUUGUGAACUGAUGUUGCGUUCAUCUAAAGCUAGCUGUAUUCUGCAGAAUUCUCAGGCCAGUUUUGCUGUUGCAAACAAAAUUUCCACAUCGCAAAAUAAUGAUUUGGUCGUUAGUUGAGAUUGGUGAUCUUAGCACACAUAAGCCAAUUUAGCGUCACUGUGACAACGAAAAAGUUGUGUUAGUGUAAGUGUUGCUUUGAUGCUCAUCUAAAAUCCACCAAUAGGAGGACAGCGAACUCACAGGAAAGCUACAGAUAUGGUAGCAGCAAUGGCAAAAUAGCCUUUUACCUCGAAUUCUGUUUGAGGAAUGUUUGGGUUUACGCAAACCCAUCUUCUGUACGAGCUCAUUUCCGCAUCAUGCUACUUGAUGACAUGAGCAGGACAUAGUAAUUUUGUUUAUGGGUUGAGGAUCUUCAUCGUAUAAUCUGACAUACAGUACUGUGAAAAAGUAUCCUGAUUUCUUCAGUUUUUGUGUAUAUUUCAUACUAAAUAGUUUUAGAUCUUCAAAUAAAGUACAACAUAAAACAAAGACAUUCUGAGGAAAUACACAAUACAGUUUUUAUUUUUUAUUUUUUUAUUGAAGCAAAAAAAAGUUAUCCAAAUCUGGUCAUCAGUGUGAUAAACUAAUUGCCCCCUUAAAAUUAAAAUCUGGUUGUGCCACCUUUAACACCAAUAACUUCAACCAGCCACUUCCGAUAACUGGAGAUCAGUCUUUCACUUACCUCUAGGACUAGGACUUACUCCUAUGCUUUGAAUCGUUGCCUUGCUGCAUAAUCCAGUUCCACUUGAGUUUUAACUUACUGACUGAAGACCAGCAGAGUAGAGCAGAAUUCAUGUUUCCCUCAAUUACUGCAAGUUGCCCAGGCCCUGAAGCAGCAAAGCAUCCCCACACCAUCACACUCCCUCCACCAUGCUUGACUGUAGGUGUGAUGUUCUUUUUGUGGAAUUCAGUGUUUGGUUUACGCCAGAUGUAACGGGACACCUGUCUUCCAAACAGUUCCACUUUCGACUCAUAAACAGAACGUUCUCCCAAAAGGUUUGAGGAUCUUCAAGGUAUGUUUUGGCAAAAUUCAGACGAGCCUUAAUGUUCUUCUGGGUUAGCAGUGAUUUUCACCUCACCACCCUUCCAUGGAUGCCAUUUUUGCCCAGUGUCUUUCUGAUAGUGGCGUCAUGAACAGUGACCUUUAUUGAUGCAAGAGAGACCUGUAUGUCCUUUGAUGUUGUCCUUGGUUCCUGGAUGAGUCGUCGCUGUGCUCUUGGAGGAAUUUUGGAAGGUCGGACACUUCUGGGUUCACUUUUGUGCUCUCACUGUGGUUCUCUGGAGUUCCAGAGCCUUUGUAAAGUCAGUCCCAAAUAUCUUUGUAACCCUUCCCAGACGGAUGUAUUUCAAUCACCUUCUUCCUGGAAUUUCUUUCAACAUUAGCAUAGUGUGUUACCGGGUAAGAUCUUUUAACCAACUUCAUGCUGCUGAAAAAGUUCUAUUUAAGUGUUGAUGUGAUUGAACAGGGUUUGUAGUAAUCAGACCUGGUUGUGUCUAGUCCAGCUGAACCCCAUUAUAUAAAUGCAGAUUCAUAGAUCUGGGGACUUAGUAACUACAGGGGCAAAUAUAUUUUCACACAGACCCAGUUGCUAUUGGAUAACAGUUUUUGCUUCAAUAAAUAACAUCAUCAUUUAAAAACUGUAUUUUGUGUUUUAUCUUAGAUUUUGUUUUAAUUUCUGAAACAAUGUAGUAUGGGAUCUAUACAAAAACACAAGAAGUCACAAGAGAACGCUUUUUCACAGCGCUGCAAUCUGACAUAUAUAAUCUAAAAAGAUGUACAGUAAAAUCCGGGUUAAAUUAAAAAGCUAGUGAGCUAGUCAUGUGGAAUGCAUGCUAGAUAGAAAAUGCAUGACCAAGCUGAAUCCUACAGGUACUUUCAUGGCUUAUUCAUGGUCCAAAUACUGACGGGUGCAGCAAAACAUAGCUUAUAUAUUUGUAAAGUGAUAUUAACCAUGAUAAAAAUUGUCAGGUGAAGUGUGAAAAUUAUGAAAAGAAUAUUGUCACGUUUGGUUUCAUGUAAUCCAGACAGCAACUAUGUAUGUGUUUAGUUUUAUCAGCAGGAGAUAGAUUUGUGUGUGUGUGUGUGUGUGUGUGUGUGUGUGUGUGUGUGUUUGUAUGGUGUGUAUACUUACUUCUUUUAGAAACAAAAGCCAUGCUCCCUAUAUAGUGGACCCCCCCCGCCAGAUAUUGAAUAAGAUUUGCAUUCAGUGGGAAACUGUGCGUAGAUACUGUGAUGGACUGAACACUGUGAUACUCACUCGUGCCAUUAUCACACCCUUAAUUGAUCCCUGUAUGUAUAAUAAAAGCAAGUGAAAGUUAGUAGUCCAGGGCCUCUGUAAAGGGGGAUAUGUGCAGAACUUCCAGUUAGUAAACAAACGUUUAAGUGUUUGCUGUUUUUGUGCAGUGGGUCAACUGUACACUUUCUGAGGGACCUGAGUUUCCAGAGUCUUAUGUUCUCAGGGCCUUAUAUUUGCAGGGUCCCAAUUUCCUAAUAAAUCACUCUGUCAGGGCUCUAUAUUGACAGGAUAUUGUCCAAUGUUGCCAUAGCCCUAUGUUUCCAUGGACCUAUGAUUCCAGGGUGAUUUAUUUCCAGGGUCUCAAGUUUUCAGCAGUCUUGAUGAAAUACUCCUAGAGCCCCAUUUUCUGUUACAGAUUAUGUGCCUAGUAUUAAAUUUUCCAGCAUCUGGAAUCAGUGUUCUCUGGACCCUAUAUAGAUUUCAGGGAUUUGUGUUUUCAGAAUCCCAUGUUCCCAGAAUCAUAUGUUCCCUAGGAUCUAUGAUUUCAGUGUCCUACAGUACUGUGCACAAGUCUUGCACAUGUAAAGAAAUGCUGUAACGUAUACAGUAUGUGCCUUCAAAAAUAAUAAUAAUAAAAAAAGAAAUGUUUCUACAGGAAAAAAAAAACUACUCUAAAGAGCAGGAGAUAGUACAUAUGUAUUUAUUCAUUUAGCGGACACUUUUAUCCAAAGCGACUUACAAAUGAGGAAAUACAACCAAAGCGAUAUAUCAAGGGGAGAACAAUACAAGUAGUGCUACUGUACAAGAUUUUUAAUUGAGUUCUAGAGAAGCAAAGUGUGCAGAGUAGAGGUGUAAAUGCAGAAUGCUUUUUUUUUUUAAAUAUAUAAAUGGGGGUUAGGGGUUAGUUAAGUGUUCACAGAAGAGGUUGGUCUUUAGCCAUUUUUUGAAGAUAAUGACAGAUUCUGCAGUCUGGAUUGAGGUUUGAAGUAUUUGUUCCACCACUGAGGGACAGUCAGUUUGAAGGUUGUGGAAUGGGACCUCAUGCCUCGCUGACUAGGCACUACCAGACAUCGGUCGUUAACUGAUCACAGGUUACGUGAGGGACCAUAAACCUCGAGGAGAGUGUUGAGGUAGGGCGGUGCUGUUCCAGACAAGGUCUUGUAUAUGAGCAUGAAUUUGAUGCGGCCGGCUACAGGAAGCCUGUGGAGGGAGAUGAAGAGGGAUGUUACAUGGGUUCUUUGGGGCUGGUUGAAAACAAGGUGUGCUGCUACAUUUUGAAUCAUCUGAAGGGUCGUGAUGGAGCUGGCUGGGAGGCCCGGGAGUAGUGCUUUCCAAUAGUCCAGUUUUGAGAUAACAGGAGACUGGACUAGAAGCUGUAUAGCCUGUUUGGUGAGGUAGGGUCUGAUUUUAUUGAUGGUGUACAGAAUGAACCCACAGGACUGUACAGUUAAUGAGAUGUGGUCUGUAAAAGUCAAGUUAUCAUCGAAAGUCACCCCAAGGUUUAUGGCUGUCCUGGUUGGCUUGAGUGUGGUUGUGCCAAGCUGUACAGUGAGGUUGUGGUUGAUUGAGGGGUAGGCAGGGAUGACAAGAAGCUCCAUUUUUGCCAAGUUGAGCUUAAGGUGGUGUUCCCUCAUUCAGUCCGAGAUGUCAGACAGACAGGCAGAGAUGUGUCUUGAGAUGGAUGGAUCAUCAGGCUGGAAGGACAUAUAGAACUGGGUGUCAUAAGCACAGCAGUGAUAUGAGAAGCCAUGAGAAUCCAUCACAGGCCCCAGAGAUGUAGUAUAAAUAGAAAAGAGCAGUGGACCACGAACUGAUCCCUGGCGAACUCCAGUUGUGAGUUGCUGAGUUUCAUCCACAAUACCAUGAAGCACUUGCCUGAGAGAUAGGAUUCCACCCAGUGCAGAGCAUUCUGGUGAUGCCUAGGCUGGAGAGAGUUAACAGGAGGAUCUGAUGAUUCACCAUGUCAAAGGCAGUAGAGAGGUCGAGUAGGAUGAGGACAGAUCUUGAGGUUGUUCUUGCUAGUCAUAAGGCUUCAGUAGUGGAAAGCAGAGCACUCUCCAUGGAGUGCUGCUGUUGAAGCCAAACUGCUUGGUGUCCAGGAGGUUGUUCUGUAUGAGAAAAUGGAGAGUUGAUUAAACACAGCUCUUUCAAGGGUUUUGGGCAGAAAAGGGAGGAGGGAGACAGGUCUGUAGUUGUCAACAGCAACAGGGUUAAGUAUUGGUUUUGUAAGCAGCUGAGUAACCUGGGCCUGCUUAAAUGAGGUAGGGAAUGUGCCUGUGGAGAGGGAUGUGUUAAAGAUGUGUGUGAGUGCAGGUAAUAGUGUUGGAGUGAUAGAGAGAAGGGUGAGAAGGGAUAGGGCCUAAAGGACAGGUUGUAGGAUGGCUAGAAAGAAGUUUUGAGACAUCAGUCUCUGAGAGAGGGGAAAAGGAGGACAGUUGAGAGUUACAUGGAGGAGGAGCCGGUCUCUGUGUGUCUGAGGUGGAGAACUGGUUCCUGAUUGAUGUAACCUUGUUGGAAUUGAAAGUGUCAAGUCAUCUGCAGUGAGAGAGGUAUGGGGAGGAGGGGAACAGAGAAGAGAGUAUGGGUGUUGGGCGAGCUGCCAAUCUUCUCUAGGUAGUAUAUGACUUUAGCAGUAGAGAUGAUAUGUGAAAAAGAGGACAGAAUUGUUUGGUAAUUGGUUAGGUCAGUUGGACUGUUUGAUUUAUACCAUUUAAUUUCAACUGUCCUUAACUUGGUCUGGUUGUUACAAAGAGCUUCUGAGAGCCAAGGCUAAGGGGUGACGUGUGAGCUGGCCUGUUUCCUGGGUCCCAUGUUUCCAGCAUCCUAUGUUUCUAGGGUCCUAAGCCUCCAUUGUCAUAUGUUUCCAAAGUUCUGUGUUCCAUGGAUUCUGUAUUUCCAGGGUCCUAUGUUUCCAAGGCCUUUGUUUGCAGGGUCCUAUGUUCCAAAGGUUUCUGUGUUUCCAGGGACCCAUCUUAUUAGGGUUCUACAUUUCCUGCUUCUGGUGUUUCUAGGUCCCUAAGUUUCCAAGGUCAUAUUUUUGAAGGGUCCUGUAUUUCCAGAGUCCUGUGUUUCCAGCAACCUGUUUUUGAAGGGUCCUGUGUUUCCAGGGUCCUAUUUUUUGAGGGGUCCUGUGUUUUCAGGGUCAUUUGUUUUCAAGGUCCUGUGUUUUCUGGGUCCUGUGUUUCCAGGGUCUUGUGUUUCCAAGGUUCUGUGUUUCCAGGGUCCUAUGUUUCCAGGGUCCUGUGUUUCCAAGGUCCUGAGUUUCCAACAUCCUAUUUUUUGAAGGGUCCUGUGUUUCUAGAGUCCUAUUUCUGUGAAGGGUCCUAUGUUUUCAGGAUCAUGUGUUUCCAAGGUUAUUUUUUGAAGGUUCCUGUGUUUCCAGGGUCAUGUGUUUCCAAGAUCCUGUGUUUCUAGGGCCCUCUGUUUCCAAGGUCCAACGUUUUUAGGGUCCUAAAUUUCCAGGGUCUGUUGUUUCUAGCUUUCUAUAUUUCCUAUGUCCUAUGCUUGUAGGGCCCUAUGUUUCCAGGGUGUGUUACACAUACACUUAUACAUAUUCAAAUAUUGUGUUCAAUAAAUAACACCUCAUGUUGUGAUUAUUAAAUCAGCUGUAGUUUCAACUUACAGUUCUUUUAAAGAAAUACUUUGUUGGAAGUUUUGCACAUAUCCUGCACAAUGCAUUAUUAAUUAUUAAACUUGCAGUUAAUUCAUUUUCUAAAGACUACAUUGCCAAAUGUGUAAAGAGUGACUAAUUAUGUGCCACAAUCCAAAAACAAAAUGUGAAUUUGUGGUUAUAUUUUUAAAAGGUUAGCUUUUUUUCUCCCAAAUUCCAGUGUAUAUACAAGAUCAUUUGAACAUUUUUGCUGAAUCAUAAGAUGAUCAGAUCUGUUGCUUACAGCUAUUAACAAAAAUACAGUGUCACUAUAUUAUUAAGUACUUGAAUAAAAAUGAUUGCAAGAGUUUUACAUUAAAAACAUAUAUAUUGUAAAGAUUUAAACAAUGUGCAUUCAAAAUACAUCCAGUAGUUUACUGUAAUGGUAUGUGUAAAAUGGUAAAAAUCUAUUUUUGUUGUGUGUCAACCAAAAACAAAAUAAAAUACGCAGCAAUAAAUUCAGAGGUAAACAUAUUUAUAAUGCUAUAUGUGAUCUAUGUGUGUGUAUGUGUUCCUGUGAAAUGUUGUAAGUGACCAUAUAUAAGUCCAUAUAAGUAAUUACAUCUAUUUUAGAUAUGUCUACUUAUUUAAUGAUAUCUUGUUACUUUAUAUUUGUUAGAAAACAUAAACAUAUAUAGUGUAACAUUUAUUUUUGUUCAUUUAAAUAAUAA